CCAAACCGAAGUCGUGUGCAACGUGGCCAUGUCCUCUUCUCCUCCUGAUCAAGACGACCAAGAUUGGGUCGUUGGCAUCAAGUUCUUGGGUAGACAGCUGAGUCUCUGCAGGCCCCGUCGUGACCUGCGUUGGACUAACAUCCUAGCACCUUUUGAGUCAUGGGAUAGCUCAAAACUUAUGUAUUCCAAGAAAGACCAAAGGUUCUAUUUGCUUGCUCCUGGAGGCAACUACUUAUGCUCCUGGGAUCUCAACUUUAAGGAAGACAAGAAGCCUAAGUUCCAUGAGUUGGUGUUGCACAACCUUCCCGACAUGCCACGUUCUCACUGGAAGCAAUUGGAUUCCUACUGCAGGGAGGAUCAUUGGGUGGAGUCACCUUCCGGUGAAAGUUUCCUUGUCAAAUGGUUCUGUGAAUAUUCCCCUAAAAACUCCAGUAAAAAAUGCAAGUCACCGAAAGUAAUGGUGUUCAGAGAGGAAGAGACAAAAGAUGGAAGGAAAAACAUGCGUUACACAGACGACAUUGGAGAUCUGUGCAUUUUCAUUUCAAAGGGAGAGGAUUUCUGCGUCAAGGCGAGCUCUUGCCCUGGUCUCCACGCUAACUCCAUCUGUUUGCAUGGCCGUGUGUUUGCAACGGUCAAUCUCACGGAAAGAACCUAUGGCUGCUACGAAUAUCCUCAAGGCACACCAAGCAGGAUUCCUUAUUCACCCUACUGGCUUCCUCCGUUUUCUCCUUAGCCCUCUGUUUGCUUCAUUGAAUCAUUGGUGAUUGGUCUUAUGGUGUCGUUGGUUCUGUCCAGUUUAAUUUGAAGACUUCAUUUGGUAGUUGGUGUCACAUGGAGUAUAUCUGAUGUAACUUGUCUUACAUUACAGAUCCUUUUUUAGCCUGUUUGUUCCCCAACUUUUAUGUCCAUGUGAUAUCUCUUGUGAAGCCCCAGCCGAGAUUACUCAAACUUAUCAAGUUUAAA